AUGGUGAGUGAUAGUAUGGUGAGUGAUGGGAUGGUGAGUGCUGGGAUGGUGGGUGCUGGGACGGUGAGUGCUCGGAUGCUGAGUGAUAGUAUGGUGAGUGAUGGGAUGGUUAGGGCUGGGAUGGUGAGUGCUGGGAUGGUGAGGGAUGGGAUGGUUAGUGCGGGGAUGGUGAGUGCCCGGAUGGUGAGUGCUGGGAUGGUGAGUGCUGGGAUGGUGAGUGAUGGGAUGGUUAGUGCUGGGAUGGUGAGUGCUGGGAUGGUGAGUGCUGGGAUGGUGAGUGCUGGGAUGGUGAGUGCUGGGAUGGGGAGGGAGGGAGGUGCUGUGGAAAGCCUGUCAUCUAUGGAGCUACCCAACAACGUUCGCACACCCGCACAACAGCAGUGGGUUAGAGACGAGGCAGUUGGAGUCCCUGCCGGAGCGGAUGACAAUCCGCUGAAGCUGUACUCAACGUUCGACAUCAACGCAGACCUGGGGAUGCUGGACCACAUCGUGCAAUGCACCAGGCAGACCUGGGGAUGCUGGACCACAUCGUGCAAUGCACCAGGCAGACCUGGGGAUGCUGGACCACAUCGUGCAAUGCACCAGGCAGACCUGGGGAUGCUGGACCACAUCGUGCAAUGCACCAGGCAGACCUGGGGAUGCUGGACCACAUCGUGCAAUGCAUCCGCGCCCAACACCCAACGAUGA